AUGCUCACCAGUGGAGUGUUCGUACUAACGGCCGCGACGCGUGGUUCACAUCCAAACACAGUGGUGCUACUGACAAAAUGGCGGCUGUCUAUUUACAUUGACAACCGAACGAACUUCACACCGUUUGCUGCGUGUGCAGGCGGUGGAGCGGGCGGCUCGCGUCGCGCCGAGCGUCGCGCCGCCGGCCCUUCAAACCGCCGAACAGAACUGAGAGUGAGCCCGGGGGCGGGGGCUGGUACCUCCGCUGAGUCUCCACACCUUCAUCACACUGCACAUCAUCAUCACAUGGAUACCAAUCCUCUUGAGGGUUCAGCGCCUUUGGAGGCCGUUGUCGGCGCCAGCGCUGGUUCCUCAGAUGAGCUAUCAAGUAAACCGGGUGACAGUCCCACCAGGAAGAGACGUCGCAUAUCAAGGCAUCUAUCGUCAGGUGAGAGUAACGUGACGGUAGCCGCGCCGCCGGUCGAGAGGCGGACACCGCGCCACCACUACCAACCACCUCGUCGCGUGCGUUACGUCAGUGGUAACGGUGCGGGGGUGUGGCACGAGCGGCUGUUGGACCAGCACGCUGCUCACCCGUCGCACCCUCAUCCCGCUCACCCGUCGCACCCUCACCCCGCCCAUCCUGCGCACCCUGCUCACCCUGCGCACCUAUCGCACGCGCACCACACACCGCUGCUGUUGGACAUCAACCAGAUGUCGCUGCGCGGCGCUCGCCUUAGUGCGCUGGGUGGUGGCGUGGGUUGGGGUCACCACGCCCCCCACCACGCUCCCCAUCAUGCCCCACAUCAACACCAACACCAUCGAGAGCAUCCAACUAGGACCCAGAUGGGCGGUGUGUACGCGGGGCUUCAGUACCACGGGAGCUUCGCGCCGGCCCCGCCCCCGCGAGGACCUUUCGCCUCCCCUCCACACCCUCACACGCAUUAUAUAACCAACUCACAGCGUUCGGAAGGAGGUCGUCUAGAAAUGUUGGGUAGCGGUGAAGGUGGACUUUCUCCGCUUCAACCUACAGCUGAUCUUCAUCACGCGCCCCUAUUACUCGCCACUGAGGCGCGAGGUGCUCCAUUGGAACUGAUGGCGCCUCAUCACGCGAGACACGCGCUGUCACAUCACCAUCAUCGCCGUAGUGGUGGCGGCGUGGGCGUCGGUGGUGGUGUGGGCGUGGGCGUCGGUGUCGGCGUGGGCGUUGUGGGCGCUGGUUCGCGAGCAGCCCGGCCGUACGUCCGUGCAGCUCCGCGCUGGGCCGCCCAUCCUCACACCGUGCAUCACAUACAUCAGGGUGGAGGAGGUCUAGUUCAAGCGACGCUGCCCGCUCAGCUGCACGUAGCGUCGCCACUAUCACUGCCACCGCCGCCCCCCACCUACCAGGUGUUCCUAAAUCUGCUGGCCAUGUUCCCGCUGUCGCCGUACGCGGAGGCAAGGGACGAGGCCGGGGAUUCCCCGGAAACGGAGAACUACGAGGCGCUGCUGUCGUUAGCGGAGCGCCUUGGGGAGGCGAAGCCCCGGGGGCUCGCCAGACACGAGAUAGACCUACUGCCUUCAUACAAAUACUCUGAACAAACGCACCAGGGUGAGCAGACAUCGUGUGUGGUGUGUAUGUGUGAGUUCGAGGCUCGACAGACUCUCCGCGUGCUGCCCUGCGCUCAUGAGUUCCACGCCAAGUGUGUCGAUAAGUGGCUACGGUCAAAUCGAACGUGCCCCAUAUGCCGCGGGAACGCUUCGGAGUACUUCACCAACUCGGAGUGA